AUGGAGGGACCCAAAAUAACAGUCGUAAUCAGAAAAAGACCACUGGGAAAGAAAGAGCUUGCGCGUGGUGAUUAGGAUAUUGUGCAAGUGAAGGAUUAAGCUACAGUAUUGUUGAGCGAGAUCAAGUAUGCAUUUUGAAAUUCAAUAUACUUUCUCUUUUUUAGGCAGAAAGUUGAUCUGACCAAAUAUGUUGAAUAACAUCACUUCAAUUUCGACUUAGCAUUUGAUGAGAGUGUAAAUAAUGAGGGAGUUUAUGCUACUGCAGUGCGACCAAUAAUUGAAGCAGCCUUCAACAAAGCAAAGUGCACUUGUUUUGCGUAUGGACAAACAGGUAGUGGUAAAACAUUCACAAUGCUUGGUGACCCUGAAGCCAAUGUACCAGGACUCUAUCUGAUGGCUAGUUAUGACCUAUUCAGCAUAUUAUAAAGAGUAAUUAACAUCAUUAUUACACAAAAUAGCCUGAGUAUGGCAAUUUAUAUGUGACCAUUUCCUUUUAUGAAAUUUACUGUGGCAAAUUGUUUGAUCUCUUGAAUGAUAGAACUUAAUUGGCUGCAUAAGAAGAUGCUAAGGGCAAUGUGCAAAUCAAAGGAUUAACAGAAAAAAAAAUUCAAAAUGUUCAAUAAGUCAUGCAAAUCAUACAACAUGGAUAGAACUCUAGAGUGACCUCAUAAAACUCUGCUAAUUCUGAGUCCUCACGAUCUCAUGCAUUACUUUAAAUUAAUUUAAAACAAGGCAAGUUAGUUCAUGGCAAACUCUCAUUCAUUGAUUUGGCAGGUAGUGAGAGAGGAGCUGAUGUGAGAGACUAAGACAAAACCACAAGAGUCGAUGGAGCUGAAAUUAAUAAGUCUCUCUUGGCUUUGAAAGAGUGCAUUCGAGCUUUGGAUCUAAAUAAGAAUCACACUCCUUUCAGAGGUAGCAAACUAACUCUAGUGCUCAAAGAUAGUUUGAUUGGCAAUUGUAGAACUGUCAUGAUUGGUAACAUUUCACCCAGUAGUGCUAAUAGUGAACAUACACUAAACACAUUAAGAUAUGCAGAUAGAGUCAAAGAAUUGAAGAAACCAUAAGAAUAGAAAUCCGGAGGAGAUGCACUCAAUCGAGAAUUGAUGUUAGCCAGAACAGGUUUACUACAUUUUUAAUAUUACUUUAGAUACCAACGUAAUCCGUAAAGAAUAUAGAAAUCCUGAUUCUGAAGACGAGGAAGGAGAUGACUUGUAUAGUGGACCUCAGGGAUCUUAAGGUAGUUUGACUCAGAUGAACAAUCAAAAGUAUCAAUAAUAUAAUAACAUGACAUCUUCAUAAUACUAGUAAUAAUAAUAAUAAUAAUAAUAAUAAUAAUUUUAAUAUGCUCAAUAAUAAUAAUAAUAACAAUAAUAAUAGCAAUAAUUGUCACAAUAACAAUAGUUACCACCUCAAACACAAUCUUAAUAGCAUCCAAGAACUUUGUCAGCUAAUUCAUAACCAUAAUCACAAUAACAACAAUAAUAUAAUUAAUAAUUCACAAAUCCUUAUGCCAAACAGUAACCAUAAUAGCAAUAACCUCCAAAUCUUCCAAAAUCCAAGAGUGCUUAACCAAAUCAACCGUAAUAGCAAUAGUAAUCAUCAUCCUAAACACAAUUGGGAAAUCAACAAUAUUUCAUGUAAUAAUCAAUGAUGACCCCAUAACAACCUAAUAUUUAUUAGUAAUAACAAUAACCAAAUCUUUAGCAAUUCAUAAAUCCUCAACCUCAACAAUAUUAACCAUAAAUGUAUGGAAAUCUACAGAAAUAAAAUGUAGUUUAAUAAAAUCCAUAAUUAUUUCAGCAAUAACAAAAUCAAUUCCCAUAACAAUAAUAAUUGUUUCAGUAAUACCCUUAAUAAGGAUAUGUAAACAACUAAAUGUAUUAAAAAUAACAACCCUUGCUUCCUGGAAUGAAUCCGAUUCCUCCACAGCCAAACAACUUCAUGCAACAUUAUUUGGACAACAAUUUAAAUUAGUAACAAUAAGAUCCAUUUGUAAAUGACGAUUUUCAAGGUGAGGAUGGAGACAACCUCUUGUUGGAAGAAGUGGAUCCAGAAUAAGAAAUCUAGGAAUAAAGAAAUCAAUUAUUAUCCCAAUAGCAUUAAGAAUUGGUGAACAAAGUAUUAUAAGAAGAGGAUGAAAUCAUAGUUUUCCAUAGAGAUCAUAUUGAUGUGAUGGUUGAAAUUUGUAAAUCAGUAAAUAUUACUACCUAAUAAAAAUUAGGAUAUGAUUCUAUUGAAUUCUUUAGACCAGAACCAGGUAGCAGUAGCUGACUAUAUGGUGAAGUUAAAAUAGAAUUUACAAGUCAAACAAUAAGCUAUCAACGAUUUCAUAACAAAGUUAGGACAAUAUGAGCAAUUGCUAGAAUAAGUAAGAAUAUGUUUUAAAUUCGUUAGGAAGCUGAAUUAAAUGAAUAAUUGAAGGAGUUCGGAUUGGGUAAUAACUCAAAUUAAACAAAUAUAUAAUGAUAACUAAUCAUAAUGUUAACU